AUGGUGGAAACUGAGAAGUAUACUGAAACUGAGAGUUCUGGGGAUGAUCUCGAGGAAGAUGACUCUAAGGAAGAAACUGAGUGUAAGACAGAAAAAUCAACUGAUCAACUGGACAAGCAGGAAAAGGAUGCACUUAAUGAAUCGGUCCCUAUUAACUUACUGUUAGAAGUGAAAAAGUUACUGAAUGCUAUUAAUUCUCUACCACAAGGUGUGGUCCCUUACAUUGAGAAGUUUUUAGAAGAAGAUUUUUCCUUCCAGACUAUGCAGAAAGAUGUUGAAGCUAGUAGCCAGAAUGGAGAAGAAAUUGUUCCUGUUUUGACUUUACACUCUUUGAUAACGCAACUGGAAAUAGCACUUAGGAACGUUCAAGCUGCUAAUUAUGCUGCAAAUCAGAUUAAUGUUGGAUAUUAUUUGACAUUGCUUUUUCUGUAUGGAGUAGCACUCACGGAAAGAGGAAAGAAGGAGGAUUUUAUAGAAGCAGAGAAUAAAUUUCUGGUGAUGAAGAUGGUGAUCCAAGAUCAUGAAAUUUAUGAAAAUUUUAUGUGUCUAGUAUAUUUUGGGCGUGGCUUGCUUCGGUGUGCUCAGAAGAGAUAUAAUGGAGGACUUCUAGAAUUUUAUAAAAGCUUACAGGAAAUUGGAGAUUCAGAUGAUCAUUGGUUUGACAUAGAUCCUACAGAAGAUGAAGAUUUCCUUAACACAUUUAAUGAUCUUCUUCAGAAUUUUAUCAAGAAAACUGAAAGUAAUAUAAUGACGCAAACUAUUUGCAGUUUUCUAGAUUGUGAACGAUCUUGUGAGGCUGACAUUGUAAAGACCGGCAGUUAUAAGGGUUUUUUUCAGUUAAUGUGCAGUAAAAGCUGCUGUGUGUAUUUCCACAAAAUUUGUUGGAAACAGUUCAAGAAUUUAAAAUUUCCAGGUGAAAAUGAUCAGAGUUUUAGUGGGAGAAAAUGUUUGAAGGAAGGAUGUACAGGUGACAUGGUAAGAAUGCUACAAUGUGAUGGACCUGGAUAUGUUAAAAUUUUGUUUGAAGUUGUGAGAAAGGAUGAAUAUACAACCAUUGAAAAUUUAGGAGCAAGUUAUAAAACCUUCAUACCUCUGAAAAUGUCUGAUACUGAUACGCAACCGAAGAUGGAUUUAAAAUUUAGUGAAAAAGAUGAAAUGCCUAUCUUCAAACUUGAUUACAAUUAUUUUUAUCAUCUGCUUCAUAUAAUUAUUAUUUCUGGUACUGACACUGUCCGGCAAAUAUUUGAUGAGGCUUUACCACCCCCUCUUUUGAAAAGAGAACUUCAUAUACACAAGAAUGUGCUGGAACCCCACUACAACCAUCUUUGGGUCAAUCACCCUUUUGGUGGAACAUGGUAUCUGCUUUACCCCCCAAACAAGGAGCUUCCACAGUCCAAACAGUUUGACUUACACCUCAUGCUAGAUCUCAUACAAUAUAUGAAUGUAUUCCCUGCACCCCAAAAAGGAUGGAACAUGGAACCACCAUCUUCUGAUCUCUCUAAGUCUGCAGACAUCCUGAGGCUGUGCAAAUACAAGGAUAAACUCCUUGGUGAUAUUUUGAUGAAUGGGCUCACUGAGUCAGAAUUCAAUUCCAUUUGGGACAAAGUUUCAGACAUUCUUCUGCGCCUGGGAAUGAAGCAAGAGGAUAUUGACAAAGUGAAGGAGAAUCCCCUUGAAAAUGUCUCCCUUGAUUAUCAUGAGCUGUCCAUCUACCUAGGCUUACCAGUACCAGAAAUUAUCCUGAGGAUGUUAUCCUGCUAUCAGCAAGGAAUAGCUCUGAAGUCAAUAACAGGCUGUCAAUGUACUGAAAUAGAAGAGUUGGAAAAUGAAGAAUUAAGUUCACCACUUGUGGAGUACAAUAUAAAUGUGAAUCCAAACUCUGAAAUGAACUUUGCAGAAAUGAAUAAAGAUACAGCAUCAAUACUCAGUGAAUCGUCAACAGAAUCUACUAAAGAUCCCCAGGAAGAUAAGAGAAAGCCAAAGAAAAAGAAGACUAAGAAUAAGAAGUUCUGGAGGACUGGAAGUUCAAGAUCAAGGUUUCGAGAGACCCAAUGUCUGAAUAAGGAAUUAGCAGACGAACUGGGCUCUGAUACAGUAAGAACGGAAGAACAGUCGGCAAAAGAGCAAGAAAAUCUUUACCAAGAUUAUAGACUUACAAAUGAUGAUGCAAGUGAUAAUCAAGAAGAUUCUGCAACUGAAGAAAAAUCCUAUAGCCUGGAUGAAUUGCAUAUUCUGGACAUGAUAGAGCAGGCCUCAACCAGCAAGUUAACAGAAUGUGGAGAAACUGAGAAGGAAAAGCUUGCUCGUCAAAGGCAACUUUAUAAAUUGCACUCUCAGUGUGAAGAUUUCAAAAGACAACUGAAAACAGCAACUUUAAAGUGGCAAGAAAAUCAAAGUCAGAUAAAAAAGAAAGACAAAAUCAUCGCAUCGCUUAACCAGCAAGUGGCUUUCGGAGUCAAUAAGACGUCCAAGUUACAGCGUCAGAGUCAUGCUAAAGAUAAUGAAAUCAAGAACCUUAAAGAGCAACUUUCUAUGCAAAGAUCUCAGUGGGAAUUGGAGAAGAAUAAUCUGGAAAGCACUAUUAAAACCUACUCAGACAAACUGGAUGCAGAAACUGACAGAGCUGUAACUGCUGAGGUUUAUUUCUUACAGUGUCGUAGAGAUUUUGGUUUGCUUCACCUGGAGCAGACAGAAAAGGAAUGUGUUCAUCAACUUAAUAGGGUUACUCACAUGGCAGCAAGUAAUCCAGAAUCACAACGGUUAAAGGCUGGUGUGGAAAGUUGGAAUGCGAUUGUGACAGAUAUCAGAAACAAGAUUGCAUACUUCAGGACUCAGUACAAUGAACAGAUCGGCAAGGUGAAACAAGGAAUUUCCCUGAGGACCAUGGCGCCAAUCCUGCUUCCUCCCCCCCCACCCAGUCCUGACGUACUGAUACGUCAGUUCUUGGGAAGACCUCCUGUGAAAGAGACUUUCUUUAGACCCAUACUCACUGUUAAUCAGCUGCCUGCCGUUUGCCCCGGAAUCAUCUCUACCCCUGGCCAACCUCGACUUCCCGUGGUGACUGGUAUAGCCUGGACCAUGCCAGCACCUGUUGGAGCUGUGCCUCCCAGUACCGGCGCUGUGCCUCCCAGUACAGGAGCUGUGCCUUCCAGUGCAGGAACUGUGCCUCCCAGUGUAGGAGCUGUGCCUCCUAGUGCAGUUCAGGGAAGUGAUUUCUCCGUGAUGAAUUGGGAAAGAAUCAUAGAUAGGCUGAAAACUGCCUUUCCUCAGCAAACCAGAAACGAGCUUACAGGUUUCUUACAGAAAUUAAAAGAUACCCAUGGAAAUUCCUUCUCUGGAAUGACAUUUAAUGAAAUUGUUUACAAGAUUUCCCAACUUAUUGACCCCAAGAUAUCUCAGAACCAGGAAAAAUCAGUUCCAAAUGGUAAUUCUGUCCCAUCUAACCCAAAUCCACCACAGUCUAACGCCCCCCAGCCUCCCAACUCAGCCUGGGAACCUCUCAAUUCACAAGGUUCUGCCGCAUGGGAAGAAGAAAAUGAUGAGGAUAAAGAGGAGGAGGAAGAGGAGCCUUGUGUGAUUUGUCAUGAAAGCCUUUCUCCUGACAGUCUCUCAGUUUUGCCUUGUGCUCAUAAAUUCCAUUCUCAGUGCAUUAGACCUUGGUUGAUACAGCAGGGGACAUGUCCAACUUGCAGACUUCACGUUUUACUACCAGAAGAAUUUCCUGCUCGCGCCAGCCAGCCUUUGCCCAAAGUGUGAUUUAAAGGCAUGAUGUGCAGAUUUUCAAUUCUUAUAACAAAAUUUGGUUUUACCUUUACUGUGACAAAAUAGUGUGUACAAUGUGAAGCUAUCUGUUUUUCAGUAUUAUUUAAGAAGUGCUAGUUAAUCUCAUCAAAACUGUGGCCAAAGAAGACAGGAUACAUCUUCAGGAUUUGUGACUAAGUAAGCUUCAAGGACUUAAA